AUUGUAACAGAGUCCUGUGAGUGACUCACAACAGUGUUAGACGAAGCUUUGCUUUGGAGCUUUGGCGGAUUGGUCUGAGAGUCCACCAAGGACUUAUCAAGUAAACAGUCAUUAGUUUUAUCUGUCUUUCCUACUCUUCUGCGUUUUCGCGUAAUCCAUUUUCCAUCAGUCGAAACAUCUACAUUAGAACAACUCGGGACAGUAAUUGUCUUAUCUGGAUCACUAGUCGCAGGUGUAGUAAUAUGGCCACCAACGUCUAAUGUGGUGUCACUCACUGAUCGUUUCGGGGAAGAACGUUAAACUGCGGGUUGCACAGCUAGAUGUCUAGCUUGCGCCAUGACAGCACUUACGACACUAACGCAAUCUUCGCCAUCAGUACCAAUGUUACCAGUACGGCCCUCAUCAACCUUCUUAUUAGCCAACAUCAGGAGGCUAACUGCUUCCUGGAUGAGUAAUGUUUUGCUCGAGCAGCAAAAACUACAAAGCCAAUGGGAGUUGGGCCUUGAGCAUCUUUUAUAUGCAGUGGGGCUUAAUCGGGUGCACAUCUUUUGGAACCACUUGUUACACUCAUCACAUUGCAUCCGUUCCUCCACGGGACAAUGAGCAAUAUGGUUGUCCACAUUUAUGUGCAGAUCUAACCAUCUUGAAAAUCAACUAGAACGGUGACAAAAACAGGAUAUGUAAAAGGAUUCUCAAACCUUAACUAAAUAAACCAGGUAAAAGUCGACCAAGCAUGCUUCGAUGCAAUAAAUAUACAAAAGCAAAAUUAAAACACUCAAUACAAUAUCACUUUAACUGGGGUAGAUCCAAUUAAAGUGUAGACGGUAGUUUUGAUGCGUAAUUUACGAUCAAAACAGUUAAUUAACUAUGAUUUACCAGUUUCUUUUUCCUCUAUUAUCGUUAAUAUACCAAGUUUCCUGUCUGGAGGUAUUGGUGAUCUACUGCUACUACACACGGAAACCCGUUAAGUGAAAGUUUCUCCUAUUCCGUCCACAGCCAUUUGACCAUUUGGUCCAGUUCAUUCAAGGUCGUAGAGGCAGAUUUAAUCUAGACCUGAGCUCUUGGGUUCAUGGUGCAUCAAAACCCUGUUUUGCAAUUCUUCCUGUUUGUGUGCACUUUAUAUGUCUCAUCAUCAUCAUCUAUACCGUGGCCACCAAAAGAAAACUAUUUUGAUCAGACUUUGGAUCACUAUAAUUUUCAAGCAAGAAACUUGACUUUCAAACAGCGUUAUCUGUAUGAAGAUAAAUGGUUCAAACCAAAUGGACCCAUCUUCUUUUAUUGUGGAAACGAAGGAGGAAUCGAUGGGUUUUGGAACAAUACAGGGCUAAUAUUCGAAUUAGCACCUAGUUUUAAUGCUUUCGUCCUGUUUGCUGAACAUAGAUACUAUGGGAAAAGUCUCCCAUUUGAUAAAAGCUUCCAGCAGCCAUAUAUUCAAUACCUUUCAGUUGACCAAGCGUUAGCAGAUUAUGCUUACUUAAUUGAAGGUAUCAAAAGUAAAUUCAACAUAAGUAGAUCCCUUGUUGUUGCAUUUGGUGGAAGCUAUGGAGGCAUGCUUGCAGCGUAUAUGAGGGCUAAAUAUCCCCAUAUAAUUAAAGGUGCUUUAGCUGCAAGUGCACCAGUUAGAUGGGUUGCAGGUGAGGGGAAUUUUCACGACUUUUUUGAACGUGUCACUAAGGACUACCAUGAUGCUGAUCCAAAAUGUUCAGAGAAGAUUAAAAACGCCUUUAACUUAGCUGUUCAGCUAUCUCAGAAACCUGAUAUCGGUUACAAACAACUCUCUAAUGACCUACGGUUAUGUAAACCUGUCCAAAAUGAUUUCGAAUUUUACUGGGUACUGAAAUGGGCUCGCAAUGCAUUUGUUAUGAUGGCUAUGUUAGAUUAUCCCUACAAGGCAUCAUUUAUGGCAAGUCUACCUGCUAAUCCUGUAAAUGUCUCGUGCGAAAUUGCGUUAUCUGUCACUGAUCUCAUUCCGACCCUUCGUGAGGCUGUUGGAGUUUUCUACAACAGUUCACAAUCUCUCUCGUGUUUCGACUAUAAAACACAGUUUAUUGAGUGCGCUGAUAUAACAGGAUGUGGUCUAGGCAGUGAUUCACUUGCUUGGGAUUUUCAGAGUUGUACAGAGAUGAAUUUACACGAUGACUCGGAUAGUACUACAAAUGAUAUGUUCACCUCUUUACCUCUAACAAAACAACAAGUAACAAGUUAUUGCCAACGAAGGUGGGGUGUUACACCAGCAUUUAAUCAAUUGUCAACAUUUUAUGGUGACAAUAUUUGGAAAACUUCAAGCAAUAUCAUAUUUUCAAAUGGGAAUUUGGAUCCAUGGAUGGGUGGUGGAAUUUUAACUGAUCAAUCAGAGAAAGUCAUCUCCUUGGUACUAGAUGGUGGAGCUCAUCAUCUUGAUUUAAGAUCACCAGAUCCAAACGACCCACCAUCAGCACGUCAAGUUCGUCAAAUUGAGGUACAAACAAUUCGUUCAUGGCUUGAUUUAUGAAACUUCUAAAUAUUCUUACUACACUUUGUAAUCUUUUUCUUUCUUUCUAAAUGAAUCAUAUCCUUCAUUCUGUUCAUUACUAUUUUUAUCUUCCCAAGGAAAUAUCAUCAUUAUCUUGUGAUUAUAAUUACUAAAUUUUUCUGAUUUGUACCCAGUGUCCCUAGAUUAUUGAAUAUUAAAUAAAAAUUAUUUUAUUAUUGUGAUAUUCUUGACCAGUAUUUUUUUAGCAUUCCAUUUUAUUGUACGGUAAAUAUAACUCAUAAGCCAUGCACUUAUGCUUGUAUAAGAUAGUUACCUCGAUUUAGUAUAUGUAAGCCAAGAGCAUUAGCUAUACAAUUCCAUGACAGAUGUUUUUAAUAGGAACACCAAAUCGCUUACAAAUCAUCUAUUGAUAUGAAUGUUUUGUAGGUAUCAUUACGAAAGUUUGACUUGAUAAUUUCGAAUAAAUUAAGCAUUGGGGUAGAUUGUUAUAAAUAAAUUAAUAUAUUUGUAGUAUUCCACUUCUUCAAAAUUGGCUUACACUGAGUCACGAAACGUCAGAAAACUUUAUUUUUCUACUCAUUGGGAUAUUACAAAUAUAUUUAUUUAU